CAGCAUAAGUCUGCUGGGGACGCGCUAGCGACCAAGGACCCGCCCAGGCCCCUCUUAUAGGCGAGCGUGGGGCGGGCCGGCCGGGGGCGGUGCCUCGCCUAAGGCUCCUAUAAGGAGCUGUCCGCCACCCCGGUGCUGAACCCAGCUCUAACACCGGAAAGAGGUGCUUUUGGCUAUUGCUGGAGCUGGGCGCCAAGAGCUGCCUUCGUUUGGAUUUGAACCUUUAAGGAAGGAGAUCCGGAGGAAUAAGAGGCAGACGAGGAAGGCGAACACAGAAAGGGACAGUUGAAGGAACUGUAAACCUCGGUCUCAGCUCGCAGCUCGCAGCUCGGAGGAAGCCCUGCCACGGUUUCAGUGGAGCGUCUGAGGAGCAGGAUGGAGUAAAGAAGAGUGUCUGUCUGUUCAAGGGGGGUGGGAGGGGGUUCGGCGGUGCGGAGAAGAAAAAGCGGAGACAGAAAGGAAAAGGAAAGAAAAGCCAAGGCUUGUGCCUGCGAAUUUGGAUUUUGAUUGGAAGAGAUCGUUCACUGGGGGAAAUGGAUUCUGUACCAAGACUAACCAGCGUUUUGACUUUGGUGCUCUCUGGCUUCUGGCAUUUAGGAUUAACAGCAACAAAUUACAACUGUGAUGACCCACUGGCCUCCUUCCUCUCACCAAUGGCUUUCUCCAGCUCCUCGGAUCUCACUGGAAGUUCCAGCCAGGCUCAACUGAACUGGAGAAUGGGAACUGGUGGUUGGUCCCCAGCAGAUUCCAAUGCCCAACAGUGGCUCCAGAUGGACCUGGGCAACAGAGUGGAGAUCACGGCAGUGGCCACACAGGGAAGAUACGGGAGCUCUGACUGGGUGACAAGCUAUGGCCUGAUGUUCAGCGACACAGGGCACAACUGGGAGCAGUACAAGCAAGAAGACAGCAUCUGGACAUUUGCAGGAAACAUGAAUGCUGACAGUGUGGUGCAUCACAAGCUGCUCCACUCCGUGAGAACCCGCUUUGUUCGCUUUGUGCCAUUGGAGUGGAAUCCAAACGGCAAGAUUGGCAUGAGAGUGGAGGUCCAUGGAUGCUCCUACAAAUCAGAUGUUGCUGACUUUGAUGGCAGGAGCUCGCUUUUGUACAGAUUCAAUCAGAAGAUGAUGAGCACCCUCAAAGAUGUGAUUUCCCUGAAGUUCAAGAGCAUGCAAGGAGAUGGGGUUCUGUUCCAUGGAGAAGGACAACGUGGAGACCAUAUCACCCUGGAGCUCCAGAAGGGCAGGCUAGCCUUGUACCUGAACCUGGAUGACAGCAAAGCCCGACUCAGCAGCAUCGCGCCCUCUGCCGUGCUGGGUAGCCUUCUUGAUGACCAGCACUGGCACUCGGUUCUCCUGGAGCGUGUGGGCAAGCAGGCGAACUUUACUGUGGACACCAACACGCAGCACUUCCGGACCAAGGGUGAGACCGAUGUCCUGGAUAUCGACUAUGAGCUCAGUUUUGGAGGAAUUCCAGUGCCAAGCAAACCUGGGACCUUUUUAAAGAAAAACUUCCAUGGCUGUAUUGAAAACCUGUACUACAAUGGAGUGAACAUAAUCGACUUGGCCAAAAGACGCAAACAUCAAAUCUACUCUGUGGGCAAUGUCACUUUUUCCUGCUCAGAACCACAAAUAGUCCCCAUCACAUUUGUCAACUCCAGAAGCAGUUAUUUGCUGCUGCCCGGCACCCCCCAGAUUGAUGGAUUGUCAGUGAGUUUCCAGUUUCGAACAUGGAACAGGGAUGGUCUGCUCCUGUCCACAGAGCUCUCUGAAGGCUCAGGGACCCUGAUGCUCAUGCUGGAGGGUGGGACUCUGAGGCUCCUGAUUAAGAAAGAGGCAGGACAUGGAACUGAAAUCCUUACAGGCAGUGACUUGAAUGAUGGCCUGUGGCACUCUGUCAGCAUCAAUGCCAGGAGAAACCGUGUCACCCUCACACUGGAUAAUGAUGCUGCUUCCCCGGCUGCAGAUACCUCCCAGCUGCAAAUUUACUCUGGAAAUAGUUACUACUUUGGAGGGUGCCCUGACAAUCUCACCGAUUCCCAAUGCUUAAAUCCCAUUAAGGCUUUCCAAGGCUGCAUGAGGCUCAUCUUUAUUGAUAACCAGCCCAAGGAUCUCAUUUCAGUUCAGCAAGGUUCCCUGGGGAAUUUUAGUGAUUUACACAUUGAUCUGUGUAGCAUCAAAGACAGGUGUUUGCCAAACUACUGUGAACAUGGAGGACACUGUGCCCAAUCCUGGACUACCUUCGACUGCAACUGUAGUAACACUGGUUACACGGGCGCCACCUGUCACGACUCCAUCUAUGAGCAAUCCUGUGAGGUGUAUAGACACCGAGGAAACAAAGCUGGCUUCUUCUAUGUUGAUUCUGAUGGCAGUGGACCGUUGGGACCUCUCCAGGUGUACUGCAAUAUCACUGAGGACAAGAUCUGGAUGAUGGUUCAGCACAACAACACAGAACUGACCCGGGUACAGGGUUCUAACCCUGAAAAGCCCUAUUCCAUGACCUUGAACUAUGGGGGCAGUGUGGAGCAGCUGGAGGCUCUGAUUGAUGGCUCAGAGCACUGUGAACAGGAGGUGGCAUAUCACUGCAGGAAAUCUCGCCUGCUUAACACACCAGAUGGAGCCCCAUUCACCUGGUGGAUUGGGAGAUCCAACGAAAGGCACCCUUACUGGGGAGGUUCUGUUCCUGGGGUCCAGCAGUGUGGAUGUGGCCUAGAGGAGAGCUGCCUGGACGUUCGCCACUUUUGCAAUUGUGACGCAGACACAGAUGAAUGGACAAAGGAUACUGGUUUUCUUUCCUUCAAAGAUCACUUGCCUGUAACUCAGAUAAUUAUCACUGAUACCAACAGAUCAAACUCAGAAGCUGCUUGGAGAAUUGGCCCUUUGCGUUGCUAUGGUGACCGACACUACUGGAAUGCCGUUGCCUUUUCCACUGAAGCUUCUUACCUCCACUUUCCUACCUUCCAUGCGGAAUUCAGCGCUGACAUUUCCUUCUUUUUUAAAACCACCGCUUUAUCUGGAGUUUUCCUAGAGAACCUUGGCAUGAAAGACUUCAUUCGACUUGAAAUGAGCUCUCCUUCUGAGGUCACAUUCGCCAUUGAUGUUGGGAACGGCCCCGUUGAGCUCCUUGUCCAGUCUCCUUCUCCUAUGAAUGACAACCAAUGGCAUUAUAUACGGGCUGAGAGGAACCUCAAGCAGACCUCCCUACAGGUGGAUAACCUUCCACGGAGUACAAGGGAGACCUCAGAGGAAGGCCAUUUCCGGCUUCAGCUGAAUAGCCAGUUGUUUGUAGGAGGCACAUCAUCAAGACAGAAAGGAUUUCUUGGAUGUAUCCGCUCUUUACAUUUGAAUGGGCAGAAAGUGGACCUGGAAGAGAGGGCAAAGGUCACGUCUGGAGUCAGACCUGGCUGCCCAGGUCACUGCAGCAGCUAUGGAAGCAACUGCCACAAUGGGGGCAAGUGUGUGGAAAAGCACAGUGGCUACUCCUGUGACUGCACCAACACCCCAUAUGAAGGGCCUUUCUGCCAGAAAGAGAUUUCAGCUCUUUUUGAUUCUGGCAGCUCAGUUACGUACAUGUUUCAAGAACCAUACCCGGUGACCAAGAACACAAGCCCCUCGUCUUCAGCUAUCUACACAGAUACAGCCCCAUCCAAGGAAACUAUCACACUGAGCUUUGUGACAGCACAGGCCCCCAGCCUCUUGCUCUUCCUCAAUUCCUCUUCUCAGGAUUUUCUGGCUAUCCUGCUCUGCAAGAAUGGAAGUUUACAAGUUCGCUAUCGUCUAAACAAGGAAGAAAGUCAUGUGUUCACCAUCAGCACAGAGAACUUGGCCAACAGAAGGGUGCAUCAGGUGAAGAUUAGCCAAGAGGGGCCAGAGCUUUCCAUUCAGGUGGACCAACAACUCUUCAGCUACAACUUCUCUCCAGAAGCUGAGUUCAGGACAGCAAGGUCACUGAUUCUAGGCAAAGUCACAGAGACUGUUGGGUUGGAUCCAGAAGUUGCUAAAGCAAACACCUUGGGUUUUGUUGGAUGCCUUUCUUCAGUCCAAUACAACCACAUAGCACCAUUGAAGGCAGCCCUCCGCCAUGCCAGCAUUGCACCUGUGACUAUCCAAGGGACCUUAACAGAAUCCAACUGUGGCUCCAUGGUGGACUCUGAUAUGAAUGCAGUGACCACUGUGCAUUCUUCAUCAGAUCCCUUUGGAAAGACAGAUGAACGUGAACCACUUACAAAUGCAGUCCAGAGUGACUCUGCAGUCAUUGGAGGUGUCAUAGCAGUGGUGACAUUUGUCACCUUUUGUGUCGUCGGCAUCAUGACCCGCUUCCUCUAUCAGCAUAAGCAGUCACACCGCACCAAUCAGAUGAAGGAGAAGGAAUACCCAGAGAACUUGGACAGUUCCUUUAGAAAUGACAUUGACUUGCAAAACACAGCCAGCGAGUGCAAACGGGAAUACUUCAUCUGAGACGCCACAGGGUCACCUGGUCCUCUUUUUUGUGGGUUCCCCCCCUUAUUUUCUCUUCUCUUUCCUGUCUUUUAAUUUAGGUAUUCUCGUUCUCUCUUUCACCAUUAAUUUUCUGGAACACUCCUGCAUCCACCAAGAGCAUUGAUCCUCUUCACCCAGCUCAGGAGAUCAGGGAGCAAUAGCUACUGUGGUCCACUGAUAUAUGCAUCAUUGUGAAAGUGAGCACUGGAGACACAGAGUUCACUCUUGUAAACAAGGAAGAACACCUGUGUACACAUAUAUACUCGGUGUUUGAGGUUGAGUUUUUAAACUUCACUCCGCAGUUUCUCAGGCACUUGCUCUUGCCAGCUCCCUUUAGAGUUGAGCUCUGUGGCAUUGGCUUUAACAAUUGUCUCCAACAUGCUGCCCCAUACCAUAUUGGUAGGUACUGUAGCCUGAGAGGAGAAAAGUGGUAGGUGUGUGUGUGUGUGUGUGUGUGUGUGUGUGUGUGUGUGUGUGUGACAGAGGCAGACAGUGUCAGGUCAUCCUUUAAGCAAAGAGUCUAUUAGGGAGUCCAAUAGAGCAGGAGGGAAUGAAGUAAAUCCACCCAGAGAAAGCAAUGUUUGUUCUUUUUAGGUCCCUUGUGAUAGGGUAGGGAGGUUGGGAGAUGUUAUGAUACAAAGAAAUUCUUCUAAAGCAGACAUCAUCUAACCAGUCUUAGAGACAUUUAUUAUUAAUUUUUUAUUUUGCUUCUUUUCUUUUUUUUUUUGUGGCUGAAGCAGGUAUUUGUAAAGUAGCCAGGACAUUUUUCCUAAGACACCAAUUAAAGACCAAUGAGCUCAGUGAGUGUGAGACCCCUGGCAAGGUCACAGUCAUGUGUCCUGCCUGUAGCCUUCUCCAGUUAGGACUUAAAUAUCUGGAAGACUCUGACUCCAUGUGGGCACAGGAAAACUUGGCACUUCAGGGAGAGAGACUAUACAUCUGUCUGAUGUGGGAGCCCUUCAUAACACCCAUAAAAACAAAGAGACUGUAUUUAGAGAGUCUAGAUUAUAAGAGCACCCAACUGGGGGACCCAGAGCAGAGGGAGACCCUUCUGGCCUGCUUGUUUUGGUAGCAUUUUACAAGCAACCGGAGACAUCUGUGUUAGUUUAAUGUUGACACCAUAAGUAUCCCCCUACUCCAUGCAUCACCCUUUCUAUAGAGUUUCAGUACUUUCCAAUAUGGCAUAACUGAGCAUUUACUGAGUUAUAUAUGGAAGAGUGAGCAGUUACUUUGUGUCUCUCUUGCUGUUCUGUUUUGAGGCAUGGAUUCAGUACCCUGAAACCAGGAGUCUUCAAAAAAGCUUUGAGGAAGUAGCUGCUCCCAGAACUUUACAACUGCCUUCUCCACUAUACUACAACAUGUUAGCUAGGUUAUUCCUCAGAUUGUUAUAUUGAGGAAAAGAUAUACAUGUGUCUGUAUUGUGGCAGCACAAACAGAAUUCAAAUAAACGUCUAAAUUAGUUCCAUGAAAAAUGUUUGGCCCUCUUAGCUCAUCUUGGAGGAGAACUGAAAAGAAAAGAAAAGAAAAACGUAAGGAAAAGAGCUGCAAGAAAAAAUGAGAAAUAUCCAGCUGAUUUAUCCCCAGCCAUCCACUCCAGAAAGAUCCAGUAAAGACAGAAUGUGCAGGGAAGCAAGAUUCACAUUCUAGAACACAUGUUAUUAGUUCACUGACAACUGAGCUCUUUUCCAAGAGGCAAGAGCCUGGCUAUUGUGUGUGGCAGCGUGGCCACCUUAGCUCAGGGGAUUUGAGGGAAGCCCUUAGUUUGUGAAUCACAUCACAUUUCUGAGUCUACACCUGUGUAUACAAAGGUGCCUGUGCGCUCACUUUCCUUGCCCAAAUAAGGUAGUAAUGCAUCUGGCUUGGCGUUCUUUUGGUAGAAAAGCAUAUAGUUAUUUCAAACAGGCAUCUCGAAUUUGUCCAUGGUAGGUAAUCCUGAUCAUUUUUUAACUCUGCUCUUGGAUCACCUUGGAAUAAAGACAAGGGAAAAAUGACCACCCAAACACUUUAGGACUUAGGGAAUGCUAGAAGCAAGAUUCUUGUCGGUUCUCUUUGGAGGGCAGACCUGACAACCAGUAGGUCAUCCAUCUUAGAAACUGUCCUACCUCUGAUUGUUCAGCACUUCCCUGGACAAGAGGUUCACAGUGAAGCCCUCAUUAGCUUCAUCCAGGUUCCCAUCUGUACCUUUACUUCCCUUGCAGAACUACAGAGGUAAGGAUUAGGUGAGGCAUCACAGUCCACUCUGAGAUAUUGUCCUAAAUACAAGUUCUUUCCUUAAAAUUUUCUAUGAAUUCUUACACACCCUUUUCCUCUUUUAGGAUAUUGCUAUCCUUUUGCUAGUGAAUUUAUUUUAAAGCAAUUCUAACAAAGAUGUUCUUUUUAAUUUUUCUAUCUUUAAUAUGACAAAUAAUCAUCUAAUAAAAUGAGAGAUACUGAAAGUCUAUUUCCCUAUUCCCUUCAUUCCCUGUUCUCCAAUUUCUACUUUUGAAUUUUCUGGCUCUAUAAAAGGUUGUAUAAAUCACCUGUUUGCUUGGCUGCAUAUUUCCCUGCUUCCAGAAAUGAAUGUUGUGCUGAAAUUUAGCCCUAAGCAUCUCUAUGAAACAAUAGGUAAUGGAGAGUAACCAUGCUGGAACAUUUUCUAACUAGAAUCCUCAGAAGCAAGCACCAUAUUUUUCUGGCAUGAUAUGACUGGAUAAACAUGUAAGUACAAGAUACAUCAGUAUGUAUGGUUUCCUCAUUCACAAUAUGUACUUAGAGAUAAUCAUAUAGGGAAAUGUGUGAUGCUAGUCUCUGGCCUCUGCAUAGCACACAUUUUACUGGCUUCAUCCCUGGAUGUGCAGGCCAUGCAUACCAGGACACUGGGCAUGUAGACCAAAUGGCGGAUGCAUGCCGAGAUGGUGUAUUAUCAUAAGUAGUCUCAGGGCAAAAUCAGAAUUUCUUCAUAACCCACAACACACACCAGGUGAAAACAUCUAGCACUCUGUAUUCUACUGUGCUGAAUACACAUCACAGCUAGAAGGAGGAGUAUGUUUCAGAGUUGGUGGCAAUAUUUGUUUGGUUUAUGCAGUUAUUCAGUUGUCUUUUCCACCUUCAAACGAUUACAACCCCAAACAAAGGGGAGAGUGUUCAAAUCUUCCUUUAGCUGUCACUUCCCUCAAUGGGAUACAGGUUUCGUGAUGCCUCCUAGUAUAUAAUUAUGUAAUACUCAGUCAUUGAUGCCUUCUGUUUACAAAAAGAAUUUGGGGAAUAUGAGCCCUUUACAGUAAGACAAAAAAAAUGCCUGUUUAAUAUCUCAUCCUAAGUUGCUGUUUCACUGAUAUUAUUCCACUGAACUAAUCUAUUGAUGCAAGCAACUGUAUGUUUGCUUACCCUAAAAGAUUUUUAGCAACAGCUGUGAUAUUCGGUCCAUGCAUAGGGUAGACUGCUGUGGUUUCUUCAAGAAGUAGGCCAGGAAAACAGAUGUUUAUCAUUUUUCUGGAUGUCUAUUUCAUAAAUAGAUUAACUCAAAUUCAUCUGAAAAACUCUGGAGCUGAUACUUUACAACUUUAUUCUCUUUAGAAAUCAGAAGUGGCACUAUCUCAAUUCUCAACUUUUGUCAGAAUCCUGACUAAUAUGUCAUAGAAGAAGUAGUACCACAGCUAAAUGAGUAUGCAGUUCUCUUUCCCGUAUUCAGUCAUAUGACAUAUGUGAAACAUCUGACUCCCGAGUAUUCUGUUAGAUACACAAAUAUUUACUGUCCUUGUGCACUUAAAGUGCAAUCUUACAGCAACAAAAGUGUGCACACAGCACAAGGGAGCAGAGAGCAAGAACUAGGCACAGAUAAUUUACAAAUGACUUUCCAGAGGGUUCUGAAAGUCAAUGCAUUUUGGGGCAAUUUUUAUAAUUUUGUGCCUCAUUUAUUAAUUCUAACAGAAACAAUUGCUUUGUUUGUCUUCCCCAAAGGUCAUGCAGACAUAUUUCUGUAGAGGGUGGUCAAUGGACUCUUUGGACAGAGAAAGAACAAAGGUCCCUGUAUCUGAUACACUUUCUUUAAAGAGGGUUUACUUGGUAGCCCUGACAGGUCUGAGACUCUCUAUUGUAAACUCACAGAGAACCACCUAAUUAUGCCAAAGUGUAGACCACUAUCCUGCCUAUGUCAGGUAUAUUGGAAGAGGCGCUAAGUUCUCUAUGAUCUCAUAUCAGUUCCAGUUAAGGCUUUCCACAUGUGUGCCCUCUUUGUAUGGCAGACCUGUGUAAAGACUGGAGAGAAAAGAGCAGUCUCUAAUUUCACCCUCCUCUGAUUUCACUUUUUUGGUGGAUAUUCACUUAUGGCCAUGGCUCUUUUACGUCUCCCUUAAGCUGGUUGGUAUUCUGCCAUUUUUAACACUCCCCAUUCUGCCCUAAAGAAACAUUUGACUAUAUUUAAGUAAAUCUCUGGGGACUAGAAAUUAUCUAUUGAGUUAAUAAUUAAUUGAUGUGGUGUCCAUCUAAAUGAGGUCAAACUUCUGUGUUCUACAUGAAUGUUUCCAACCCUGAAGACCAUGCAUGCUUUCUCUCCACACAAUAUCACUUCAAUUAGAAGACUCACAUUAAGAAGUUAUAUUCAUAACAUCCCCAUGGUAUCCAUGGAUUUGGGCACCAAGCCUGGGGAACUCAUGCUUGGUUUGUUUGUCUACCAAUUGCUUCACUUCUUUUGAAUUCCCUAGAGCUACAAUCCAUCAACCUCACUGCAACAGCAGUCUGGCAAAAGGCUCUUGAGGCACCUCUAUAACUCUGCCACUCAUUACUUCCUGAAGCUAUUGUUUGGUUUGCUUUGUCCUCCACUGACCCACAGGCCACGUUUCAACUAAACAAACAAAGAAGCCAUGUUGUCCCUGUAAGUGGCAAAGGAGGUUAAUGGAAGGAUGGUAUGGGAAAACUCAAACAUGCAUGAGUUCUUGAAGGAUGCCUGAAUGCUGUGUCAUAUCUCUCAUGCAGAUUGGAAAUGUUUUCUUUAAAAGAUUCACAAUGUAUCUGAAUCACUUCUUUACCAGUUUGAGGGGCUUUCUUCACCUCUCUUCUGGUCUCACCCAGUCUUCCUCAAGUCAUUGAUUUUGAAAAUGUUAGUUGUUGUUCUUUCUCAGCUCUGUGUUCACAAAUUCUAAAUAGCUGAUGAACCUAAAAGGGGAGAAGAUACAACACACACACACACACACACACACACACACACACACACACACACAUACACACACACACACAAGUAAAAAUGAAUAGGGCUGUUCCUCAAACAUUAUACAGGAAACUAUAUGCAUACCUACUUUGUAGGAAGAGAAAGUAUGAUAACUUUGUUUUAGAAAUUCUUUAAAUGACUCAUACAAGGUUCUAAUUACUGUGUUGCUAUUUUUGAGUAAUUCAACCCUCUUAUUUUGCACUGAGGUACUCCGGGGGAGAGUGAGAAACACAUGUAGUAGUGAAACAGUGUACUUUGUAAGCUAGCCCUCUGUCGUUUGUAAAGUUUAUUGUCUACAAAGUGAUGAAGUGGACACAAGCAGCUUGGGUAAUAGUGGGCUUUUGUAUUAAAACAGAUUUGUUGGGAGUUUGUCAAGGAGGGAGAGGGUAUUCAUGGAGCAAGCAAUGGCUGCUGGAGGUUAAAGGGGCCAGAGCUUUCACCAUGAAAUAAGGAUGGUUCCUCUCCCCACUUUCCUGGCUCCUAACUCAGGAGUCUGUUUCAUGAAUUUGUCUUACACCUUAGGGAAGAGGCAAUGUUAUAGGCCCUGCAUGAGAAAUGUGUUACUCAUCUUUACAUGGCAUUUUCACCCUACCCCUGUGAUUUUCAAGUUUUAUGUUUCACUAAUAUAGUCCAAGGAUGCUUUAGAAUUAUCACCACAGUGAUUUUAUCUGCUCAGGGUGAGCACCCAGAUGACAGUUUAAAGUAAAAUAAACUAUGGACAGGAUCUUCAGGUCCAUUGCCCUUAUUUUGAUAUGCUAUGGAUAGAAGUCCUAAAAUAUUGGACUCAGCCUAGUGGUCUUUCUUUUCCCUCCCUUGGUCAUGCCAUCCAUUGGCAUGCCAUAAUGAUAGAAAGGCAGGAUGCUUCCUAUCACCUACAGUGUGUAUGUACUUCAGAAAGCCACCACCCAACACUCUGAGAAUACUCUUCCCUUACUUCCACUCAGCACAGAAGUACAGCUUGCAUCAAAUAGCAGGUUAAAAUGAGGAGGCUAGUCCGAAGUUAUGAAAAAGGUGAUGUGUGCCAGUGAUUAAAGCCUGGUCAUAUUUUCAUGAGCAUUAGACUAUGCCAUGCUUCAGAUCCUGGCAGGAAAUCUCAGAGCACAUGAAAAAGGCAAUGGGUGUGCAGAACAGGCCUCUGUCACCCUGAAGACCUUGAAUGCUCUUCCCCCAGAUGGAGCCAUUUCAUUACAACCUUACAGGAUAAAAUGAAUGGACCACUGACUAGGUACACUUUCACAUUGUAGUCAGCCAUAUCCCAAAGGAGGUAUACAAAGUAGCUUAAUCUCUUCUCUUUGAAUGGCGGCAGCAACCAGUGUGACCUUGUCCUGCCUUAAAUACUCUUGCAAAAAAAAAAAAAAGUAAGUAACCACACCUUGCUUAAAAUAGUGUAGUUAUAUUAUGAGAAGGAAUUCAUAUUUGGUGAGAAUCAAUGUCAAUAAUUUUCUCCUUACCUUGUUAAUAGACAGGCUUCCCAAUAGCCUAUGUUGUCUUAGACACUUCCCACAGAUAGCUAGCCUAUGGCAGGAAGAUAAAACAUAGGCAAAUGAAGAUACUUGAUGCAUUCUAAUUACAUCCUAUAAAACAGGCCACAAUUCACAUUUGGUUCAUGGGAUUCCUAAAUCCCUAAGACAAAGAAAUACCAUGUCCAUUUCAACCUAGAAAUUAGAGCCUUUCUGGAAUUUUCUUUGGAAAAAUGAGAGGUCAGGGAGAUUGCCUUUAGCAAAUAAUUAACAAAGUAUAAAUUAUAUAUAUACAUAUAUAUAUCAUUCUUAUAUACAUAUAUGAAUGAUAUGUACAGGCUUUCUUUGAUAAAAGCACAACAGAGGCAAAGCAGACCAUAUCCUCGGAGAUUAGCUGGAGACUCCUUGUUUCUUUGGUUAUUAUAGUUUUUGUUCCUGUGUCAGAAUCCCCAGUUCCAUGUGAUGUUGCCUCAUCCCACGUCUGUUUUGUAUACCAUGUAACAUGUCUUAAUACACUGUAUGGAGAAAGUUAAAGUUAGCCUUAGAAUUCUUCGUUUUCUAUGCUUUUUGGUGUACAGAAGAAUGACUUACCUGUAAAUAUUGUAUAUUUAAUAAAGAAAGAAUUUUGUAUCA